AUGACCAUGGUUUCCCAUGGAGCUGAAAGGCAGGCAAGUGCCUUUAAAAAGUCCGCCUUGUCAGUUGAACCAGUUCACAAGGUGGAUCACCAACAGUAUCAAAGUCUGUUAAAGAAGAUAUGCAUGCCUGUUGUGAGAGGUCCUGAGAACAGACAUGGCUUUGCCAGCUUUGAAGAGAAAAACAGUAAUUUUUCCCUUAAAUUCAAUUCAUUCACAUCUCCAGUAGAGCUGAACUACCCUUUAUUCCCACACUAGGAUGAUGUGCCUUUAGUGGAUCCCUGCUCAGGUUUUGUGAGUCCAGGAGCAGAUGCUGACCUGCGGCCCACUGUUGAAAGAGCUAUUGAAUCCCUGGUGGACUGCAGUGAUUGGACACCUCACCAGCAGGUCCCCAUCACUGGAAAGAGAGGAGAGCCUCCCCACAAGAGAGAGAUGAUCCUCCUGGAGGAAACCAGCCAGGACAGAAGGUGGAACUCUAGGGCUGUGUCAGCUGCUUCUGUCAGAGCACGACUCAGAGGUUGGAGAACUCCAGUGAAAGUUGCUUCUGCUCUACCUGACCAAAACCAUAUUUUUGCAUUUUGUAUGGAUCCCAAUCUCAAGGAAUCAAGUGAUCCUUCUGCAAGGUGGAAAGAAGAAAAAGCAAGGGACGAUUUCUACAAGAAAAAUACUCAAAAAGCUUAUGAAGAGGCUCCUUGGGAUAAUAUAUUACCUUCCAAAAUCCAGCCUCCAGAAUCAACAGUAAAAGUGUUGGCUGCGUGUUUCACAAAAAGGAGAUAGUAUCCUGAACCUGAAAUAAGCCAAGUUGUUGGAGGCUUCUGGGACAGAUUUCAAACAAAAUCUUUUACCUCUCCACAGAGACCUGUUGAUUUUGUAAGCCGAAGCUCUCGAACCUGUCAUAUCCCUUUGUAUACUGGCUGUGUUGGUGCAGUAAAUUUUGAAGACAUUGACAAUGCUGAUGCAGACUUAAUCCCACUUAACCAUGUGCGAACUUCAAAGCCUCCCUACACAGGCACUGCACGCACUCCAGAUAUCCCUGGAUACACUGGCAAGGUUCAUUGGUCAGCAACCCAUCCGGCAAAUUCUAAUCUUCCAUCAACAACCCCAUCAAUAAUUGCAUGAAUGCAUGGAUACAUAAAAAAACAUGGAAGCUCAUCUCAGUAUAAUCGCCAGGGACCUUUUUCUCAAAUGGUGACUCCAGUUAGUCCUCAGAAUUCUUUCAACAAGAGAGAACGAGAAACUAUUACAGUUUAG